GUUUAAAGUACAGCUCUUACUCUAGAUGGAAUGGGCCUUGUGUGAAGGAAGUGAAAAAUGUAAGUAUUAGGUGUCGUAUAUGUAAUAGUGGGGGAGGGGGCUGCGGGCAUUCUCCCCCAGAACAUUUUCGACGUAUUUUUCAACCCCCUAGGACUGCAUUUCGUGCGCUUUCUGAAACAGAUUUUAGGAUAUACAGCGUUACAUUAUGCUGUAGAUAGAUUGAAUUUCAGUUAAGUACUUGCAUGGUAUGUUUAUGUAAAUACCCCAACUCGGUCACUAACUUGUUUAGCCUAGCCUUCCAACAACUCAAAUCUAUAGGGUUUGGGAUGUGCUAUCCACUGGAAAAUCUUUAAAAUCUAAGGUACAGUAUAUUAGAGAGUUUUAAAAGCUUUGCGUCAUAUGUCAAGCGGCAAACGCCAGGCAAAGAAAAUUUUUACGGUAUCAGGCAAUAAAGAGCAAAUGAACUUGCUGUUUUAAAACUGAAAUACAUAAUUAUUCUUUCGACGCAAGAAAGAAAAUAUGAAACGAAAACGUUCAACGAAAAUUUCGCCAAGAAAGUUCAAACCUGCCGUUUGCCGUUCCCAGAAACGUGAAGCUUAAACUCCCUAUUUACACACAGUGUUUAGCAUUUAACGGCUAACACUUACUAACACACCAUUCGCAGGGAGAACACUCACUGGGCCUUAGAUACACGACAUAUGACGUUAUUUUUUUCUCGAUUUUCCUCCUUUCAGAUAACAGGUUGUCAGGAGUUUGAUGUCAGGGAGUCAUUUAAGCGGAACAGGAUAUACUACUUUCAAUCGUGGCGGUCCUAUUUCCUACAUAUUAAAACUACUUUUACUGAAACCUUGACAGGAGUGAAAAGAGAAAACGAGGCUGAAACACCCCGUAUGAAACAACACUCUAAAACUAUGUCAUUUGUUGGAUUAGAUGAAAAAUUCAAACCUGGAUUUCCCUUCAAAUUUAAAGUAAGUUAAUUAGGUAUUUUAUGUAUAAUGUCAGACAUUCACCAACCCUGUAUGGAUAAAGGUCAGGUAUGUCGCAAUCUGGCAUCCUUAUAGCAACUAACCGUGGCUAUGAGGUAAGCCUUAGGAUAUCGGUCGGUCACGGACAUUGACCGACCCCAUUCGUGAAAUUGUUCGACGUAAAGAGGAAGUCACCGGACAUUCUGUCCAACAUACAUGAAACUGAGGCUUUUUAUAAGUUAUGCCGAAAAUAAGCGUCCUUUAUAGCCACCAAACAUGGCUAUGGCAUGCCUUGUAGCCAGAAACCGUGGCCAUUGAGGGGUUGAUUGGCAUAUCGCACUAUGACUGUGAGCUACUGUAUAUCAAUACAUAUAUAAUUGUCAUGGGUGACAGUUAAUGGUAAAAAACCCAGUACAGAAUGACUUGGCAGUCGCAGUCAAAAUGACUUGUGGUUUGACUUGCAUGCUAUUCGGAGUGAGUGACCUGUGAAUUGUCUAGCGAAGAUGUAAACAACGUUAGCCAUAUUUGUCAGUUACAUUAUUAUUUCUUCUUAAAGAUUAAGGUUACAUAUCUCGACGGGAAACCUGUAACUGAUGGCAAAGUUGAAAUUGCGGUCUCGAGAAGUCGCUUUUAUUAUCGCGGAACAAGGCAAUUAUUCCAGAAAACAUAUUCUGUCAAAAAUGGUAUAGUAGCAGGUGUCGUUGAAGACAUGCCCCAAGAUACAGAGAAGCUACAUUUUAAGGUAAACUAAUGGGGUAUAUUUAAUGAAAAAUAAACGCCCGUAUUCUAAAAGUUCACUCACACGCAAUGAGUGGAGGUUCAAUCUGAGCUUCUCUUGAGUGUUAAUGCUGUUUUUGAAUAGCUGGAGGGCUAGUGUCAUACCUUACUCGGUGCUACUCACCAUCCAACUAUUCAAAAACAGCAUUGAGACUCAAUAGAAGGUCAGAUUGAACCUGUACUCAUUGAGUGUGAGUGAGCUUUUGGAAUACGGGCGAAAGUGGUUAAGAUAUUCAUUGCUUUUUAAGUAUGUGCACUUUUACGGCGAAAGGGCGUAUUGUUUCUCUGAUUAAGAGCGGUUAUUAUACAUUCAUUUUGAACUGACUGUGCCAAUGUAGGUAGUCCCAAUAAUGGACUAGACAAAGGGCCUUGCAACGUCGACGUUCUCCUUAUAUUUUUCAAGUAGUCACAUCUCUACCAACGAAAACUUGUUAAUAUUGUACAUUCAGUGGCGGGAAUCUUGGUGGGGCGGGGAGGGGGGGCAGCGACCGCCCACACACACACACCUUCACGGAAAAUGGACGAAUUUUCGGAAAUUUUGACCUAAAAGAGGGCUAAAAACAGUCUUUUCGAGUGCAAAUGGGGGAGUUUGUAGGAAAUUUGAAAGUUUUGUCGGAAAUUUAGGAGGCUUUGCCCCUCCACCGGAAAAAGGGAAUUUCCGCCAUUGUGUACAUUUAAACUAUAUUCUUGUUCGUGAUUUGUCAACAACAAGUGGAUUACUGUUUCUAAUCAAUUUUCAUAUAAAAUUUGAGUUCAUUUUAAUUUUAGGCCUCGUAUACGUACAAAUCAGGAAGGAUAUGGCCGAAGUACGCCACAUCAAAGGCUUGGUAUUCUCCAAGUUUGAGUUAUCUUCAGCUGGUUAAAACUGGACUGUCGACAGCGAAGGUCAAAAUUUCAUCUUCUUACUUUGUUGACGACCUUGUUACUUUGUAUUGCGAUUUCGAUACUGAUAGUUCAUUUUUUAAAUUUAAUUUAUCAACUUUUAGGUCGACAGUCAAGGAUCUGUAAAAGUUUUAUACACAUUGCGUAAUGGAACUGCAAAACAUAUAAACUUUCACCACAAGGUAGUGAUAACAAAGCGUAGAUACCUUUUGAGCAGGGUAAACAUUUUGACCAACAACCUAAAUAAAUUAUAAUAUUUCAUCCCGAAAAGCGAUGUGGUGUCACCCAAGGACCCAAUCUAGGUCCACAAAUUGUGGUGUCCUCCAAGGAUUAAAUCUAGAUACACUAAUUGUGGUGUCCUCCAAGGAUUAAAUCUAGGCCCGCUAAGGUGGUGUCCCCCAAGGAUCAAAUCUAGGUAUACUAAUUGUGGUGUCCUCCAAGUAUUAAAUCUAGGUCCACUAAUUGUGGUGUCCUCCAAGGAUUAAAUCUAGGCCCGCUAAGGUGGUGUCCUCCAAGGGUCAAAUCUAGGUACACUAAUUGUGGUGUCCUCCAAAGAUUAAAUCUAGGUUCACAAAUGCGGUGUCCCCCAAGGAUUAAAUCUAGGUUCACUAUGAUUGUGGUUUCCUCCAAUAAUGAAAUCUAUUUCCACUAAUUGUGGUGUCUUCCAAGGAUUAAAUCUAGGUCCACGGAUGCGGUGUCUCCCAACGAUCCAAUCUAGGUCCAAUAAUGUGGUGCCCUCUAAGGAUCAAAUAUGAGUCCACUACUACCCUUCCUGCUUUCUAUCAAUGAUUCGCGUAAUUGUCUUAAGCCAUCCAUGCCUGCCGUGUAAUGAUUUAAAUGUUCAUACUUUUCUAUCUUUAAGAUUUUUUGUAAAGGAAAUCUAGUGCUGUCUGGAGUUACCAAAGAAGACUUAUCAGACCAGUACUAUGAAUCAAAUUUACCUAAUACAUUUUCCACACCUUCAACUAAUACGGUUUCCACACCUAUAACUACCCAACGAACCUACAAUCCUACCCACCCUUUCAUAAGCAUACCAGAGCCAACUGUAAAGGAAUUUGAGAUCAUGUUCAACAUCACCCAAGCGAUGGUUCCUAGCUGUAGAAUCCUAGUGUACUAUGUCCGACCGGAUAAAGAGACCAUUGGUGAUAGUAUAGUGUACGAUAUUGAAGACAAACUUGAAAAUCAGGUAAAUUACCCAUAAGCUGAGAAUUGCUAUAUCUUGUACGUUUUGUCAGACAGUCCAACUCUCCCGAUUUUACCGGGAGUUUCCCAAAAAUUCAUGCAAUCUCCUGGUCGCCCUAUUCUUAUCAAAUUCUCCCGAUUUUUCAGAACAUUCAGGAAAUAUCGUAAAAAAUCAUAAACAUACUGUUUUUAACAACAUAAUUGUCUGUCUUGACCUUUUUAUGAAGUUACUUUAUGGCAAUUUAUAGGAUCACUUAUAACAACAAUAUUCCCAAAAUGCAGGAAACGCCAUUUCAGAAGACUUAAUUUUUAUUAUUUUUUCCCAGAAGAACUAGAUUAAAUUUUCAAUUCACUGAACAGUCUCCCUAAAUUUUACCUCCAGUAGUUGGAAUAUCUGGUUUUGUCAUCUUUUUCAUUGCCGAGUUUUCCUGAUCCUUAGGUAUCGAUCGACUUCGUGGAGAAGCAAAAAAGACCCGGUGAGAAAACAAAGAUUAUCAUGAAAGCAAAACCUGGCUCUCGUGUAGCGAUAUCUGCCCUAGAUAAAAGUGUUUUACUUUUGAGAAGUUCUAACGAAAUAAAGAAAAGCAAGGUGCGGAAUAAUUUAAAGUGCAUAUGACAUGAAAUUUUUUACUUUCUUAAAUGAAAGAACUCUUUAAGUUGUAGUGUAACUUAUUUUUCAGUUUCUUGUUUUCAUGGUUUGUUCCCGAGAUAUUCCAAUUUGUUUGGUAUGUAAAUGAGUGUGAAUAUGUCCGCUAAUUUAUGACGUCAUGUUGGUUGCAAGCUUAACUUACAAAUCUAUUAACUCUAAAAACUGUAGAUAUCAGUUCACGUUUUUCUACAGUGUUUCAUCACACUUACCAGUGAGUGAAGUUUGAAAUUAUCAUCUUGGAUGAUAGCAGUGAUAUUCAACCAUUUUGAAGAGCUUGCAACCAACAUGACGUCAUAAAUUAGCGGACAUAUUCACACUCAUUUACAUAUCAAACAAAUUGAAAUAUCUCGCGAAUAAACCAUAAAAACAAGAAACUGAAAAAUAAGUUACACUACAGCUUAAAGAGUUCUUUCAUUUAAGAAAAUAAAAAAUUCAUGUCAUAUGCACUUUAAUAGACAGUUUGGCAAAUAUAACGCCGACAACGGCAAUAUGCAUGGUCAUCAACAAUAGCAUUGAUCCUCAAAGACAAAGGCGAAUGUAAAUUACAUGGUCUUAAGCGUUGUGCAAUGCCGUAGUUGUUGAAACUUGUACGUGAUUUGCAUCAUUUUCACGGUGCAUAACUACGGCAACAGUUAAUUCGUUCGAUGUUAUUUGGGGUGUUUUAUUCGAAUUCGUGGACUAUUUUUACUUAAUUAAGGGCAGCUGUUUGAGAGAAACAGGAAUACUUAAAGAGGCAAAUUAAGUGUAGUAACGUAUACUUUGGCUCAAAUACAACGAUAUGAGCAAUUAUAUUUUUUGCCAUUGUCGUUGCCGUUUUAGGUUGCCAAACUCUCUAAUAUCUCCUCUAGGAACUUAUGUCGGUCAGCCGGAUAACUUUAAAAUACGAAAAUUGUUGAAAAUUGCAAAAGGACAAAUUGACUAAAUUUUGCUUAAAUUCGGACAUAAAUUGGAUAUUAGUUUGUCUUGCUUUGCCCUUUGUAUAAUUUAUGCAUGAUAUUAUAAUUUUUGUAAGCUUUUUCACAGUGUGGUAUAACUUCUUUGGGCGACGCCUGGCCCAAGCCAGGAGACCAAAUGAAUUAGGGGGACCCUGAACAAGGACGAGGCAAAAUUGUUGUAUUCCAGCAAAGUUUGCAUCUUUUUGACGUAGCCCCCUCCUUCCCAGCCCUCCCGGUCGCCACUUUAAAUGAGCAUGACCAGCGACCUUAUUCCAGUUAAUGCUUGGGGUCUACUGCUUUGGUACAACGUUACGAUUACAUAAAAAGAAACAAUAAUGAAAUAUAUAACAUUACAAAUAGUGUUAGAGAAUCAUAACAGCUUUUGGCCAAUUACUGUGACCCCAAAAUUGACACACAUGGUAUACUGUACAUAACAUAAUUCAUAAAUAUAUCAGGUAUUUCAUUUUAGGUGCUAAGCAUAUUAAAUCGUCAAGAUGUUGGACCAGUCAGAUAUUAUACAGGAAACUGUUUGUACUCAUGGAAUAUGCCUCAUGUAGCUGAUGUUUCUGAAGCAUUUAAUGUGAGUUAUUGAAACAAAAUUAGAUCUAAAUGGGGAGUUAUCCAUCAUACCUUGCGUGCUCAAUGUUUAAGGUUUAAGAUAUAUUUUGGAAGGACAACCUUUUUUGAACCUUUAUAUGUACUAUUUAAAACAUGAGCAGCAGUGUUUUAUCAGAUAUAAAGAUACGAGGCGAAGCCGAGUAUCUUUAGGUCUGAUAAAACACGCACUGCGAAUGUUUUAAAUUGUUUCAAGAACGAUCGAUCUAGUAAGUUCAUUGGCGAUGUAAUUUUUUUCAAAAAAUACGUUGUGUAAGUUGAUAAAAUCAAAGUUAAAGUUUAUGUAAAUCAAGGGUAAUCUCUAUCACAUAUAAAGAUACGACACGCUUGUGAUUUUUCUUUGUGUUUUUGAAAUAUAUAUAUAAUAUAUAUACGACUGUGUUUUAGUUCACGAAAUGCUAAAGAGUGCUCGAUACCAUAUAGAUAGAGCAGAUAUGUAGUGUUUUACCUCAAAAGGUUGCCACAAUAGCCUAUUUCAUUGAAGAGGAAACAUCAUAGUGGUUGACAAAUAUCGAAAAAUUGAAAUUAUCGUCAUAUGUUUAUAAAGGUGGCUUGUGGAUUAACAUUUAUGAAAUUCUCUAAAUUCUUUUUUUGUAGAUGGCUGGUGUUGUGUUCCUCUCAAAUCUGAACGUCUUCACCCAACCAUGUGGCACAUCUCAACAAUGGUUUUACGAGGAGAACGACAAACCUGUGACAACACUUCCACCUCCUACAUAUAUAUGGGGAUUGGGCGGCGGUAAGAACACUAGCAUUGAGAUUACGUUCAUACCACAUCAGAGCGGUUUGACAAUGGUGCAGAAUAUGCCUCAUGCAUGAUGACGUCACAAGGCUUGAUGCCCGCGAGGAAUGCUGGUCUUCGUAGUCAUCGCCCGGGAAAAUUAAACAAUUCAAAAUGGCCACUAUCGAAAUUUUCCCGGGCGAUGAUUACUAAGACCAGCAUUCCUCGCGGGCAUCAAGCCUUGUGACGUUAUUAUAUGCAUAAGGUCUAUUAGCCAUCGCGUCCACACUACGCCAGAGCGAAAUUGUUUGAAAACCGGCCACUUUUGCCGUAACAAUUUUAGCACGGUUUCUAAACGGAGCAUGAUUAUUGACGGCUUCAUGUGAACACAAACGCCGUUACUUUUUUGUACCGCUUGCAAACCAAGCCACUCGGGUCUCAAAACAGUAAAUUCGAAUGCUCUUCGUCUAAAUUUUGGGUUUACAUGAGUGCUAAUUUAUUUUGUAAACAAACUUUGACGGUGUAGAGUUUGAACACACGUGAAUUUUGCCGGCAUGAGUUCGCUCCGGUGUAUAGUAUGAACGUAGUUGUCUAAUUUUCUCAGCAUGAACUCCACCUUUGAAUUUACUAUACGAGUAAAUUGUUAAACACGUCCGAAAUUAUCAAUAUGAUAAAUUCGCGACGCAUGUUGAGUCCUUACCCUAAUCUAACCCCAACUCUAACCCCUAACCCUAAUAUAAUCUUAAAGGAUUAGUGCCAGGGUCAUGCAUUGCGGACAUUGUAUAUGAGUAAAAUGUAAACAAGCGAUCAAAAUACCUUGUUUGGUACAUUUCUGAUAAAAAUCAGACAAAAAAGCAAGGAUUAUAAAAGGAUGGUUUAAAUAUAUGACGGAUUGUAAACACUUUCCAGAUCAUCUAAUUUAUUCGUCCCGAAAAAUGGACGCCAGCAGGAGUUUGAGCCCGCGAAUUCCUGGUGUGACACUAAUCCUUUAAUCUAACCCUAAUCUAAUCUUAAUCUGACACUAAUCUAAACUUGAUGACCUUUAUUUUAAUAAUCCCUCCAUUCUGGGCACGACCAGCCUCCCUCUAAAAACGGUGAGAGAAUAAUAAUUUUGGAGUCGAUUGAUCAACUUCCUCGAAACUUACAGUGUAGUAAUAGUAUGAACGUGCAAAACAAUCACAAAUGGCUGAUAUAGGUAAUCAUGCAAUGUUGCUCGUACAAUUAGGGAUUAAUAGUACGAGUGAUGUUUGGAAAUUUUGCCAAAUUGGACGAGCCGCCGGGGCGAGUUCAAUUUGGCAAAUUUCCAAACAUCACGAGUCCUGCCAGACUUUCAACCAAAAAUUUGGUACUUUUGUUCGUAUUUUCAUUUAGUUCUUUUGUUAAAGCAAAAUUUGGUGCUUUUGUUCGUAUUUUCAUCUAGUUCCUCAAGGGCAAUUUCAUUUCACAUUUCUGUUCAAAAUACCUUUCCGCCAUUUUGUUUGUUUUGGGAAAAUCAUUAAUUGUACUGCAGUACAAUUAAUGAAAUAAUUGUACUCUUCUCAACCAAUCAGCAUCCAGUAAUUUUGUCAUGUUAAUAAUGAAGACAUUUAAUUAUUAAUUAAUGCUUAUAUUGCAUUUUGUAAGACAUGAUUUGCACGAAUCUAUCUUUCUUUAUAAAACCCUAAAAAACCGUACCGUCCCCCAUUCAGCCCUCGCAAUUUUGAUAAAUCUUCGGCGGCAAAAAUUUGCCACCGAUAUUUCGAAGUUCGGCGGCAGUUCGGCGGAAAUUUUUUUGUCACUAUAAAUUGACACUUUCACAGAGAACAGAAUUAUUUUAUAUUUAGUAUUCUCUUGACUCUACUAAUUAAAAGUGUUUGAUAUUCAAGGAAACCUUGUUUCGCACACAAUAACAUUGAGACCAGCUAUCAAUCGUUUUGUUUUAACUUUGUUACACUACGGACGUUGUUCUAAAGUUGUAUGUGUUUGAACUUAAAGUUACAUGAAGUGUACCAGAACUUUCGAUGUUUUUUUAAAUAAGCCACAGAAAUAAAAGUGUUCACAAAAGAAUAACUCACUUUCCCCGACUUAUUUUCUAAUCAUAUGUUCAUACUCGGAAGAACUAAUCGAAUUGAGAAGGCAGUGAAGCAUCAUCAGUGACCCAAAAAUUCGUCGACGGCAAAAAAUUGCCGCCGAUAGUUGAAUCUUCGGCGGCAUUUUCGGCGGCAAUUGCCUUUUGCCGCCGAAAAUUGCGAGGACGUCGACUGCCCAUUUGGUGAAACAAAUUUUUUUUGGCGAGAAGCGAUAUAUGAUCUCAGAAAUACUAAAUAUAAACCUGUCACUUCUAUUGCCAAAAAGUCAGAGAAUUUCUUCGUCAAAAUUGCUCAAAGUUAUUAAAUCGUUCGCAAUUGCAACAAUUUCUAAGCUUUCAUUAUGUUUGCACUGAAAGAAUUGCAGGCCUUGCUUAUUUUGGACGAAAAAGUUUGAAGCUUUGCUUAUGUUAGUCGGAGAAAUUUUUGCCCCCUCCCCCCGGCAACAUUUUCGAGAAACAUUUCUACGACUUGGUCAAAAUUCUAGGAAAAGUUGGUCAAAACAUGACAACACCCCCCUUCCCCCCCCCCCGCCCAAUGUUGAUGCCUUUGCGACGUCCCUGUCCGGAAUUCAUGCCAUUCCAUAAUUAUUAUUAUUUAGAUGGUGAUGACCAUACAACUGAACCUCCAACUGACGCUGAUCUUAUCACUCUUGCUGCGACUCAUGCUGUUAUGUCUAUUCAAGCGCCGACUGAUGCUGCUAUGACUACUCAAGCGCCAACCGAUGCUCUUGUUAUGACAGCCACUUCUAAAACUGUCAUUCCAACCAGACUUCCCGUGAGAAAAAAGAAACCUAUAAAAAAGGUGAAAGUCCGAAAAGAUUUCCCGGAGACUUGGCUUUGGACUGAAGUAAAAUUAAAGUAA